UGAUCGUCGAACGUGUUAGAGCUAAGAGCGGGGGUAGAUAGUUGAAAAUAUCAAUUCGUACUGAAGAUGAUGGAACAAGUGCUGGCUCAGGAUUUUGUGACGGAUCCACUGGAUCCUAAGACGCGCCAAGUCAAGGAUAAAGAAAAAUCAUUGUCUUCAAGACGAAAUUUUACUCACGCGAAGCCGCCGUACAGCUACAUUAGCUUAAUAACUAUGGCCAUUCAGCAAAGUCCCAACAAGAUGCUAACUUUGAGCGAAAUUUAUCAAUUUAUCAUGGACUUAUUUCCCUACUACAGAUCAAAUCAACAACGGUGGCAGAAUUCCAUACGAAAUAGCUUAUCGUUCAAUGAUUGUUUUGUCAAAGUGCCUCGCUCUCCUGAUCGACCUGGGAAAGGCUCGUAUUGGACCCUGCAUCCUGAUUGUGGAAAUAUGUUUGAAAAUGGUUGUUAUUUGCGACGGCAGAAACGUUUCAAAGCCGACAAAAAGCCGAAUUUAAGUCAUCUUGUGAAGCCUGGUCCGUAUGUCCCUGGUGUUCCCAAAGUACAAGGUGGAAAGAGUUUCGCGACACCGUCAUUCUUAGCGCCAACCCAUUACGCUGGAUUUCGACCCGGAUUCAAUCAUCCUUUUGCAAUAAAAAAUAUCAUCGCAGACCACGAAAUGGAGUUCCGAGGCUACGAUGGUAUGCAUUUCAAUCCGUAUCACACAAGCUCCCUAUCCACACCACCUCCAGUGCCGGCCAUGAGUCCUAUGUCUUCAUUCGGUUUGCCGAAAACCUCACUCGAACCGCCAUCUCUGAUGACAACCGAGGCAAAUCUCAAUCCAUAUUAUCCAUCUUGUGGCUAUAUCAAUACAUCCUCGAGCUGUUCCUUGUCUGGUUAUUCAUAAACAUCUUUAAAACUUUGGGCUAAAUUGCAGAAUACCCCUCCACUAAUGAUAUUACAUAGUCUAGUUACUGUUUCACUGGAUACGCGGAUACGCGGUGAGAUUGCGGUGAGAUUGAUAUAUGAGUAGCUUGAUAUUUUAGUGGAUACGGUCAGCGGAAA